AUAACCUACAAUAUAUCGUUCGACAAUGUUACUUUUUGUCCGAAUUUCAUUUAUUCGCUAUUGUAAAAUUCGCGCUUUGCAGGACUGAAGUAGUGUCGUAAGGUUCCUCUGAAUGAGAGACAUGAAGCUAGCCAAUGAUGAAUCUGACAAGCUGCUGGAAGGCGGAACUUCCUUAACACCAGGGCACCUUACAUGUAGCCUGUAGUGUGUAGCAACAAAUAAAAUGAUAAACGAUAUGACAUAUGUUGGUGCUGACAAAACGCGAGGGAUCGCUAAAGCAUGGAUUGCUUUAAAAAGACUUGAUCUUAAUGAUAAGAGAAUCACAGCUUUGCGAGAGGUCCCCAUACCAAGGGGGGUAGAAUCAGCCAGAGUUAGACAGAUUAUUUCCAGUUCUUUUGGACUGAACUCUCUUCAUGUGAUACUGAAGAUCAGAAACAACCGUGGCUCUCUCAUUCCAUUAAACAGCAGUAUACCAGUAAACAGCAAACACACGCCCUAUGUGUUGGAGGUGGUGAAGUCUUUUCAGCAUGUUGUUCCCAGACCACGCAUCAUUGCUACAUCCGUAAUCAACAGGAGCAUGAAGACAAGACUGAGAAGCAUUGUAAAAAGAAUUGAAAGACUGGAAGAGCUUGUACCACAGAUCAAAUUACGGCAUCGUGAAAAGAUCAAUCAGGAAAUCAAGCUGCUGAGCCAGAAGCUAAUUUUCCUUAAUAAAAGGAUGCAGAUGGCAGACUCACACUGUUGGAGAGGAAUGUUCAUACGCCCACCUCUUUGGUAAAACAGGAAGCAUCUUGGAAGCAGAUCAGAGCAGGUUUUAGUUUCUAGCCUUGUGUAAAA